AUGCGCUCCUUUCGCAAAUCCCCUUCAAUGAUGAAGGUGAACGCGCUUCCCUUGGAAGCAGGUUGCAUCCAGACAACUGCAACCCCUGCAUUUUCUGGUUCAAAACCUUCUGCAACAAGGGCAUCAUGUGCGAUUUCUGUCAUUUCCGCCAUCCAGGCCAGAAGAACAAGAGGAUUCGACCCUCCAAGAAUACCCGUCUGCAGAGCCCCGGAAGCCAUUGCUGCGCAUGUGUUGGGUCUAAGCCUUGAGCAUCCGAAAAGACUUCCGUAA